AUGCAGUGCUUAUCACUGAAUGUUAAUCAUUAUGAUUAUAACAUUAUAGUGAUACGUAUUGCCCACUGCACAUCAAAUAAUUUGCAAUGGGUGCCAAAAAAGCGGAAGUACAUUGAAGAUUACAUUCGAUUUAGAUUUGUGUCCCUCCAAAAGGAUGACAACGAGUUGCCACAGUGUGUGAUAUGUUACAAGACUCUAAGCAAUGAUGGAAUGCGGCCCUCACGCCUGGAACGCCACUUGAGAACAACACACCCUGCUUUAGCUGACAAGCCCAAAGCAUUCUUUGAAAAAAAAAAAACACACUUUGAAGAUAUGGAAUCCGAACAUGAAGCCUUGCUUUUUCACACGAACGUACGAUGGCUAUCAAAAGGGAACAUGCUUGGACGGCUUUAUGAGCUACGAGAAGAAGUAGCAAUAUUUUUAGAUUCACAGCAGAAGGCAGACUUUCAUGACAAUUUCCAAUCUGAAGGCUUUCAGAUAACUCUAACUUACCUGGUGGACAUUUUUGAAGCAUUGAAUCCUGUGAACCUUAAACUACAAGGGAAAAGCAUCAACAUCAUCACGCACCAUGACACCAUUCGAGCCUUCAUGGCCAAACUCGACCUCUGGAAAUGUCGGGUUCAGCAGGGAAAUGUAGCCAGUUUUAGGAACUUGGAUUCUGCUCUUGCCGACAGUAACCUCGACUCUGACUUAAAGCAACAAAUAAUCACUCAUCUAAGUGACUUGAAAGCAGAAUUCAUCAGAUACUUCCCAGAUAUAGAUGACAAGCGUGAAGCCUGGAAAUUCAUCAGGAACCCAUUUCCAUGUGAAGUAGCUGAUGUUGCUGAUGAAGUCCAAGAAGAGUUCCUAGAAUUGAAGUUCAACUCUACAGCUAAAAAAAGUCUGCAAAAAUAUGGAUUUAGAGACGUUCUGGGUCGAAUACCUUCCUGUUUACCCUCUGAUCUCACAUCAGGCUCUCCGGAUUCUAACAUGUUUGGAUCCACAUAUCUAUGUGAAACUGCAUUUUCCACGCUCGUUGCUAUCAAAACCAAGUACAGAAACCGCCUGAACGUUGAAGGGGACUUACGUUGUGCACUCUCAAGCAUUCGCCCACAUAUUCAAGAUCUGGUAGCUAAGAAGCAGUGUCAAAUAUCUCACUAA